CCCUCGUUGCUCCUUGGGGGCCAGCUACAUGCUUCCGAGCCUCAGUUCCCAAGAAUUGCUGUCAACUCAGAUGGAGUCCAGCCUCCCUUUAAUUCGACUUGCUUAUAUGUGGAUGAAAGCAGAUGUGGCCCUAGGGGGUGUUUUGGUUCUGCUUUCCAUUUUAAUUUAACUCUGUCUGCUCCAAGAAAUGCUGGUGUCAAAUGAUUCCUCUUCCCUCCCAUUGCUGUCAGGUUUCUAAGAAGAACCCUGAGGAGGAGGAAAGAAGAGUUGGAUAUCUGGGAAUUGAAGUUCAGACUUUGAAGGUGACUUACAUAAUUCGAGUUCAUUGACCGGAGAAUCUUGACAGUGAAAGUGUCUCAUUGUAGUGAUGAGCUACAGCCCCGGGAUGUUCAAGAGCUGCUCUGGCUUUUCUGGACUCUGUGCUUCGCCAAUGGAGGAACCCCAUGGAGCACUAAUUAGUUCUUGCAAUUACGGAACCAUGACUGAUGGCUUGGUGACUUUCAGUGAUGUGGCCAUCCACUUCUCCCAGGAAGAGUGGGAGUGCCUGAGCCCUGCUCAGAGGGACUUAUACAUGGAUGUGAUGUUGGAGAACUACAGCAACUUGAUUUCACUGGAUUUGGAGUCAACAUAUGAGACUGAAAAUAACUUUUCAGGAAAGAACAUUUCUGAAAUAAGUUUUUCCCAAUGCGCAGUAAAGGAAAGAAGUAAAACCCUUGAUCUUGAGGCAUCCAUUUCCGAAAAUAAUUGGAAGUGCAAAAGCAAAUUUGAUGAACUACAGGAACAUCAAGAGGAAUACUUCAGUCAAAUGAUAAUCAGCUAUGAAAAAAUGCCCACUUACCAAAAAAGUAAAUCUCUUAUUGCACAUCAAAGACUUAAUCCAGAGGAACCUGACAUUUAUAAGGAAUGUGGGAAGACUUGUAGUCAUGGUUCAAAACUUGUUCAACAGGAGAGAACUCAUACAGCUGAAAAACACUUUGAAUGUAAAGAAUGUGGUAAGGACUUCUUUAGUGCCUAUCAACUCACUGUGCAUCAGAGAUUUCAUACUGGUGAGAAACCCUACAAAUGUAAGGAAUGUGGGAAGACUUUUAGUUGGGGAUCAAGUCUUGUUAAACAUGAGAGAAUCCAUAGUGGUGAGAAGCCCUAUGAAUGUAAAGAAUGUGGAAAGGCCUUUAGUCGUGGCUACCACCUUACUCAACAUCAGAAAAUUCACAUUGGUGUGAAAUCUUAUGAAUGUAAGGUAUGUGGAAAGGCCUUUUUUUGGGGCUCAAGCCUUGCUAAACACGAGAUAAUUCAUUCAGGUGCGAAAACUUAUAAAUGUGAAGAAUGUGGGAAAGCAUUCAGUCGUGGCUAUCAACUUACACAGCAUCAGAAAAUCCAUACUGGCAAGAAACCUUAUGAAUGUAAAGUAUGUGGAAAGGCUUUCUGUUGGGGUUAUCAACUUACUCGACAUCAGAUAUUUCAUACUGGCAAGAAACCCUACGAAUGUAAGGAAUGUGGGAAGAGCUUUAAUUGUGGUUCAAGUCUUGUUCAACAUGAGAGAAUUCAUACAGGUGAGAAACCCUAUGAAUGUAAAGAUUGCGGAAAGGCUUUUAGUCGUGGCUAUCACCUUACUAAACAUCAAAAAAUUCAUACUGGUGAGAAACCUUUUGAAUGUAAGGAAUGUGGGAAAGCCUUUAGUUGGGGUUCAAGCCUUGUUAAACAUGAGAGAGUCCAUACUGGUGAGAAAUCCUAUGAAUGUAAAGAAUUUGGACAGGCCUUUGGUAGUGGGUUUCAACUUAGUGUUCAUCAGACAUUUCAUACUACUGAGAAACCUUAUAAUGUAAGGAAUUUAGGAAGAUUUACUCCUGGCUCAGGCCUUGUUCAACAUGAUAGAACUUAUAGUAAUGAUAAACCCCAUGAAUAUAAAGAAUGGGGAAGUUUUUAUAUGGUCAACUUAUUCAAUUUGUCCACUCUCCCAGAAUUAGAAUCGUCCCCUGAGGGCUGCAUGAACUUACUCAUAGGGGUUAGUGACACCCUUGGCCAGAAUCUAAUGCUUUUUUCCUUCUUCCCCCUUGUGCCUUCCCAAGACUCAGCCCUUCCCGAGAAGGAGGAAGACAAAAUGGCCAAGUUCAAGGAGGCGGUGACGUUCCAGGACGUGGCUGUGGUCUUCACGGAGGAGGAGCUGGGGCUGCUGGACCCGUCCCAGAGGAAGCUGUACCGAGACGUGAUGCUGGAGAACUUCCGGAACCUGGUCUCAGCGGGAGACAAGAGUCUACGUAACGUGGAGGUUAUUCAAGAAAUUGGAUUAAGGGACCUGCCCCAUGAAGAGUUUUUCUACUCACAAAUCUGGCAACAGGUUACCAAGGGUUUAACCAGAUGUCAAGAUUCCACAGUAAACAUUCAAGGAACUGUCUCUCUGUUGGAAAAACAAGGUGAUGCGCUCUAUAAAUAUGAGGAAUUCGGUAAGGGCUUUAAUCAGAGUAAUCAGAGUUCGCAUCUUCAGGUUCACCACAGAGUCCAUAAUGGAGAAAAACGCCACAAAGGAGAGAUGUGCGAGAAAGGUGUUAUUCAGGACUCUUGCCCUCAAAUUAAUAAGACGGCCCAUGCGGGAGAGAAGCCCUGUAAAUGUGAAAAAUGUGAAAAUGCCUUCCACCAGUUUUCAAGUCUUCAAGCCCAUCAGAGAGUCCACAAUAGAGAGACAUCAUACAAAUAUGAUACAGCAUGUAAGAAUUUUAGGCAGAGGUCAUAUCUUCCUCAUCAUCAGAGAGUUCUUACGGGAGAAAAUCCACACAAAUUUGAGGAGUGUGGGAGAAAUGUUAAGCAAAGCUCACAUUGUCAAACUUCUCUGAUAACCCACACAUCAGAGAAACCCUAUAAAUGUAAGGAGUGUGGGGUGGGCUUCAGUCAGAGUGCACAUCUUCAAGUCCAUCAGAGAGUUCACACGGGAGAGAAACCUUACAAAUGCGAAGAGUGUGGGAAGGACUUCCGUUGGCAUUCACGACUGCAGGCUCAUCAGCGAAUGCACACAGGUGAGAAGCCAUACAAAUGCGAUGCAUGUGGCAAGGGUUUUAAGCAUAGCUCACACCUUAACGCUCAUUGUAGAAUCCACACAGGAGAGAAACCCUAUAAAUGUGAGGAGUGUGGGAAAGGCUUCAGUGCAGGCUCCCACCUUCAAGUCCAUCAGAGAGUCCACACUGGAGAGAAACCAUACAAAUGUGAGGGGUGUGGGAAGGGCUUCGGUCAGGCCUCAAAUCUUCUGGACCAUCAAAAAGGCCACACUGGUGAGAAACCCUAUCAAUGUGAUGCCUGUGGGAAAGGCUUCAGUCGGCGUUCAGAACUGAAGGCUCACUGUAGAAUCCACACAGGAGAAAAACCCUAUAAAUGUGAGGAGUGUGGGAAGGGCUUCAGUCAGCCCUCAAAUCUUCUGUCCCAUCAAAGAGGCCACACUGGAGAAAAACCAUACAAAUGUGGUACAUGUGGGAAGGGCUUCAGCCGGAGUUCAGAACUGAAGGUUCACUGUAGAAUCCACACAGGAGAGAAACCCUAUAAAUGUGAGAAGUGUGGGAAGGCCUUCAGCCAGUCUUCAAGUCUUCAUGUGCAUCAUCAAAGGGUCCACACGGGAGAGAAACCGUAUCAGUGUGCAGAGUGUGGGAAGGGCUUCAGUGUAAGGUCACAGCUUCAUCUCCAUCACAAGGUCCAUACUGGAGAGAAACCAUAUAAAUGUGAGAAGUGUGGGAAGGUCUUUAGUAGGAGCUCAUACCUUCAAGCCCAUCAGAGAGUCCACACUGGAGAAAAGCCGUACAAAUGUGAGGAGUGUGGGAAGGUAUUCAGUUGGAGCUCAAGUCUUACGAAACAUCAGCGAGUUCAUGUUGACGAUGAGGGUGAUAAAGGCUUUCCCUCAUCAGAGAAUUCAUACAGGAAAGGAGCUCGGUAAAAUGACAUGUUUUCAUACCUCAGAAUGGGUGCUAAAAUAGU